UCAUAAAAAUGGCUAUCACCAAGAAAAUUCUUCUCCCAUUUGUUCUCACUAUCCUCUUUGUCAUAUCUUCUGUUCAUUGUUCUGAUGAUACCCAAGGUUUUGGAAUAAAGCAAGAGUAUAAACAAUGUUAUACACCAGAUCCAUGUCGUAAGGGAGGUAAUGACGAAUGCGAGAGGUUUUGUGUAGCUAAAAGCGGUUUACUAUACGGUAAAUGUAUUAAUGACGGUUCGAAAGACGUAUGUUGUUGUUUGACAAAAUAAUAUAAUCCAAUAUAUGUAUUGCUAUAUCAAUAAUGUAACAAGUUUUCAUAUUGUUUUUUGAUAUUAUGUAUAAGAGACUCAAAGCAUAAUACAAAAAAAUACCAACACUA